AUGGCCACAAUAUCAUGGCUCAUAUUCUUCUCGCUCCUCGGCACACUGGCUCGCCUCGGUGUCGACGCAGUGACGCUCUACCCAGGCACACCAGUGACAUCGCGCGUCUUGUGGGCGAAUCUAGGCGGUUCCUUCAUUAUGGGUUUUCUCGCCGAAGACCGUCGUCUCUUCCGAGAGGAAUGGGGUUCGCCAGACCCCAAAGCCCCGGCCUCGAACCAUGGGAAGGUCAAGAAGACUAUCCCUCUGUACAUUGGUCUGGCGACGGGCUUCUGUGGCAGUUUCACUUCUUUCUCGUCGUUCAUGCGCGACGCUUUUCUCGCCCUGACGAACGAUCUCCAGGGUCCGUCAGAGACCUCGCCAUAUCACUCUCAGACCACAGUCCAUUCGAGGAACGGCGGCUUCUCGUUCCUCGCCUUACUGGCCAUCCUAAUCCUGCACCCGGCGAUUUCUUUGGCGGCAUUAAAUGUGGGCGCGCAAUUCGCGCUGCUGCUUCAACCUAUCACCCCUACUAUACCUGUCAGGUUUGCUCGGUAUGUGCUAGAACCGAUUGCUUUCGUCCUGGGAAUCGGGUGCUGGCUUGGUGCCGUGUUUCUGGCUAUAUGGCCACCUGGCAAUGCUGUACAUUGGCGGUUUCGAGCAGUUUUCCCGCUUGUCUUUGCGCCACCAGGUUGUCUGCUCCGAUUUUAUGCAUCGAAACACCUGAAUGCCAUCAUUCCGGCCUUUCCAUUGGGUACGUUCGUGGUGAACAUAUUUGGGACUGCAGUGCUUGGGAUGGCGUUUGAUCUACAGCAUGCCGGUAACAUUGGUGCGUCGAGUCCCAACGCAUGCGCUGUGUUGCAAGGGAUUAUGGACGGAUUUUGCGGAUGUUUGACCACGGUCAGCACCUGGGUCGCCGAACUGAAUUCUCUACGCAGAAGUCAUUCUUGGAUAUAUGGAUCGACAAGCGCCGGCGUCGGGUUAGUUGUAAUGGUGAUAAUAAUGGGCAGUAUGGGAUGGACCGUAGGCUUCCAGUCUCCUGUUUGUAGUUAA